CCCCUGUCCUCCUCCCUGCCAGCAGUGACCCCUGUCCUCCGUCCUGCCAGCAGUGACCCCCUGUCCUCCGUCCUGCCAGCAGUGACCCCUGUCCUCCGUCCUGCCAGCAGUGACCCUGUCCUCCGUCCUGCCAGCACAGUGACCCCUGUCCUCCGUCCUGCCAGCAGUGACCCCUGUCCUCCUCCCUGCCAGCAGUGACCCCUGUCCUCCGCCCCGCCAGCAGUGACCCCUGUCCUCCUCCCUGCCAGCAGUGACCCCUGUCCUCCUCCCUGCCAGCAGUGACCCUUGUCCUCCUCCCUGCCAGCAGUGACCCCUGUCCUCUGCCUUGCUGACCUUCCAUCUUCUGCCCCCCUGACAU